AUGGUCUCGUCAUUUCGGGCUCGAGCCCAAUUCUUGGCCUCGUAUUAUAUGGCUAAUCAGCAGACAGUUUGGGCGGCAUGCCGGGCGGUGAUCUUCGGCUGUAUCAUCAUUUCGGUGGGGUUGGGCAUGACGGCGCUGGGAUAUUUCGACAAAACCCUCAGCCAGUACCAAGUCCUCAAUAACGGGACGGCAGAGGAGAAGACCGACUUUGUGAUUGCCUAUCAACUGAAGAGCUUACAGUAUAUUGGGCCUGUUCUGAUGGGAAUUGGGACAUUUAUCCUGAUAAUAGCGUGUGUGAUCACGUUGGAGAGCCGGGAUAAACAUGCACAGGUAAUCCACGAGGAAUCCCAAGAAAUCCGGAAGCGCCGUCUGCUCUCCGACGACAAGGAGCAAUUAAUAGAAAGGAACGAGUCGGCAGAUCAGACUUCGAUACCUACCGUAUCCCUCCGGGAAUCACGGCGGGACUCGCGGAUGUCGAGGACGAGCACAGAGAAUACGGGCUCCCCCCUCUUCGCCCGAAUAGCUCGACCUCCGAGCUUCGGCCCGGCUCCACUGGCAGUCUCCAUCCGCUUCAUCCCUCGCUUCACUGCCCCGGAUAUCCAGCCACACAACAGACGGAUCGUUGCCGUCUACUUCAAACUGUCGCAGUUGCGGAAUGGGGUCGAGGCGGAGGUGUUUCGCAUCCCCUCCGCCAUAUCCAACUACGAGCGAAUACGGGUUGUUGGUAAAGGAGCGUUCGGAGCUGCCGUACUAUACCGACGGCGUGAAGAUGAGACGCUGGUAAUCAUCAAAGAGAUUAGCAUGCAUCAGCUGGCCGCCACGGAGCGUCAAUUGGCUAAAAAUGAGGUCGAGGUCCUGUCUCGGAUGGAACAUCCUCACAUUGUCAGCUACUUCGACUCGUUCGAGGAGGACGGGCUGUUGCUCAUUGAGAUGGAAUAUGCCGAUGGAGGAACCCUGGCCCAAUUCCUCAUGGCUUGCACCGACUUCAUCGCCGAGGAAACCAUCAGCGGUCUUUUUGAGCAAAUAUGCUCCGCUGUGGCUUAUUUGCAUGAAAACAACGUGUUGCACCGGGACCUAAAAACGGCCAACAUCUUCCUGACACAGGAGGGCGACGUGAAGAUUGGGGAUUUUGGGAUUAGCAAACUGAUGGGUGCGGAUACGCUUUCUAAAGGUGCUACGACACUGGUCGGCACGCCCCAUUAUUUGAGCCCGGAAAUGUGUGAGGGCAAGCCGUACAACGAAAAGUCUGAUAUGUGGGCGAUCGGGUGCAUUUUGUACGAAACGAUGUGCUUGGCCAAGGCAUUCGAUGCUGAUUCGCUGCCCGCGCUUGUCAAUAGGAUUUGUAAGUCUCAAUACGAACCAGUCCGGGGCCCGUAUUCAAAUGGAAUGAAGCUGCUG